AUUUCAUAACAUUGUAACAAAGAAUUGGAUAGCACUCCUUCCUGCUGCUUUUUUUUUUCCUAAGAACAUCGAACAAUUGGAAGUAGCAUCCUGCCAGGCCAGAUUUUUUCUCAAGAAAAGAUCAUUCAUUUGCAAGGUAACAAGGAGGCUUACUAGCUCUUGCCUUCCUCAUCUAUCUGAUAUAUAUAAUUUGCAGUUGUAACAUUCUGCCUCUGCCAGACCAGGUUUAUGGAGCUUUUAGGGUCAAUUCUUGAGGCGGUCAAGUUCUUGGUGGCUCCAAUUUGUACCUACAUUGAUCAUUGCAAGAAACUUGAGGAAAGGAUGACUGAUCUCAAAAGAGAAUUAGAAGAUCUAAAUUGUCGAAAGAGAGAUAUAGAAUCAACUGUAGAAGCACAGAUGGGAUGGCAGAAAGAGGUAAAGAAGGAAGUGGAGAAGUGGCUUGAAGAUGUACAAAGGAUCAAUGAUGAAAUACAAAUGUUAGAACAAAAGGUACAAGCUGUGUCAUGCUUCUCACGUCUGCAGUUAAGCAAACUUGUCUGCCAAAAACUUGAAGAAACAAAGAAACUUUGUCAAUGCAAUUUCCCUGAAGUUCUAGUAAUUGAUAAGCCUUCACCAGCAGGGGUGACAUUGGGGACAACGGCUUUGAAAGGUGAAACUACUGCAAAAAAAGAAAUUUUGAAUUACUUGAUGGAUGAUAAGGUUGGAAUGAUCGGAGUUUGUGGAAUGGGAGGAAUAGGGAAAACUACCAUCAUGAAGCAUAUCAACAAUCAGCUGUUGGAGGAGUCCAAGUUUGAUAAAGUGAUAUGGAUCACUGUUUCAAGAGAACUUAAUAUUGUUAAGUUACAAAAAAACAUUGCAGAUGCCAUGAAGGAAAAUCUUCCAGAACUUGAGGAUCAAGUGAAGUGGGCAGCAGCAUUGACGGAUAUUUUGGGAAAGAAGAAAUUUGUGUUGAUUUUAGAUGAUGUUUGGAACUGGUUUUCUCUGGUGGAGGUGGGUAUUCCUGAACCAACACGUAACGGGAGCAAACUAGUCUUAACUAGCAGAUCAAUUGAUUUGUUUAUGAAUAUGGGUUGUAAGGUAGUCAAAGUGCAACCACUUUCGAAAGAGGACUCCCUGAACUUAUUCCUAGAUAACUCGGAACGCAGUGUUCUGCAAGAUCCACCUUUGGAAGAAAUUGCAAGCCAUGUUGUUGAUGAGUGUGCUGGCUUACCCCUUGCUAUUGUCACAAUAGCCCGGAGUAUGAAGGGAGUAUCUGACAUUCGUGAGUGGAGGAAUGCACUAGAGGAAUUACGUAAAUGUGUUAAAAGUGUGAAAGGUACAGAUAUUGAAGUAUUUGAGCGAUUGAAAUUUAGUUAUGACCAUUUACAGGAUUCAAAAAUCCAAAACUGUUUCCUAUAUUGCUCUUUGUAUCCUGAAGAUUGGAAAAUUUCAAGGAAGGAGUUGAUAGAAUACUGGAUUGAUGAGGGAUUCAUUGAUGAAUUAGGAACCAGACAAGCAAUGCAUGAUAGGGGUCAUACUAUACUAAACAAGCUUGAAAAUAAUUGCCUGCUAGAGAGGGUUGAUGAUGGAAAUAGUGUCAAGAUCCAUGAUGUCUUGAGAGAUAUGGCAUUGUAUAUUAAAAGUAAAAAUGGCACUCGCUUUAUGGUAAAAGCAGGUAUGCAGUUGAGGGAGCUUCCAGGUCAGCAUGAAUGGGAAGAACGUCUUGAGAAAGUUUCCUUGAUGUGUAAUUCCAUAUCAGAAAUCUCUCCUGAUAUCUCACCAAAAUGUCAGCGUCUCUCAACCUUAUUGUUGAAGAGAAAUGAUUUCUCAAUGAGGAUUCCAGAAUCAUUCUUUGAGAACAUGCAUGAACUUAAAGUUCUUGAUCUUUCUUAUACUAAUGUUGAGUAUUUACCUAACACCAUAUCAAACUUGGAAAAUCUUACCUCAUUAAUACUUGUUGGGUGCAAAAAGUUAAGAUAUGUGCCUUCACUAGCUAAGCUUAGAGCAUUGAAAAAAUUGGACCUUCAUUUUACAAGUAUAGAGGAGAUUCCUGAUGGUAUGGAAAUGUUGGUAAACCUCAGAUAUCUUGACUUAUUUUCCUCUAGGCUAAAGGAGAUACCAAUAGGAAUACUACCUAGGCUCUCUCGUCUUCAAUUCUUGGUAGUUUCUUGGCAAUCAAGAACAUUGAAGAUAAAAGGGGAGGAGGCAGCAGCAUUGAUGAAACUAGAGACUUUUGUAGGAAGGUUUCAUGAACUGCAAGAUUUUAAUACGUAUAUCAAGUCUAUACAAGGUGAAAGGCCUACUUCUUACAAGCUUUUUGUGGGAUCACAGGAAAAGGAUUUAUGGUCAGAAUCUUUUGUAAAAGAUGUGAUAUUAUGUGGAUGCAAGAUAGGAGGAGAAGAUCAAAUAUUGCUCCCAAAUGACCUUAGGUGUAUAAGGAUUUCUAAAUGCCACGAUGUGAGAAGCUUAAACGAAAUUUCCUUCUUCCGUAAAGCAACACAGUUGAGGGUAUGUGAUCUUAUAGACUGUAAAGGGAUAGAGUGUGUCUUGGACUUAUCAGUAAUUCCUUCAUCAAGCAGUUCACUUCAAAACCUUGAGAACUUGCUUCUUUCAGAAUUAGAUAGGUUGUCUAUGCUUGUGAAAGCUGAAGCAGCUGCUCUGCCUACAUCUGUUGCACCACCUGGGAUCUUUACUCAUCUUAAAUCACUUUGCAUUUACAAAUGCCCAGAUAUGAAAAAGUUGUUUCCUUUUAAGUUGUUACAGGAUCUCCAAAACCUGGAGGAAAUCGAAGUCAGAUCUUGUGGACAAAUGAAAGAAAUAAUAGCAUCAGAAGAAGAAAGGGAUAGCAUGGGGGAAGGAAAAGAUCAUACCACCACAAGUUUCAAUUUUCCCAAGUUAAGGGAACUGGAGUUAUGUGACUUACCAGAACUAAAAAGCAUUUGUAGUACAAGUAGACAAAUGGUUUGUGAUUCUUUGGAAGGAAUUAAAGUGACAAAAUGCCCGAAGCUAAAGAGGAUCCCUCUGUAUCUUGUGCCUGAUCUUGUCAAUGGCCAACUAUCGCCUCCUCUUUCUCUUCAAAGAAUUGAGAUAAACUCAGAAGAAUGGGAUGAACUGGAGUUGGAUCAUCCAAAUGCAAAGACUAUCCUUCGGCCCUUCUUGCAGUACUAAUACAAGGACAAUUGGAGUGGGCACGAUGUUUAACAGAACUCCUGUUUUCUACUAUAGAAUGUCCUGUUAUUCAAAAGCUGACGGAAGGCAAUCAAAAUCUUUGGCCUGCAACAAAGUGAAACACAAUGGCAAUCACUCAUGACCAAGGAUAAGCUAAACUCGUGAUGUUAUUUUGGAUAUUCCAAUUUAUUUACCGUGUUAUGUUAUGGAAAUUUCUUUUAUGUUUAUUAUUGUAGUGCUUUAAUCUAUUUCCCUGCAACCUAAUUGUAAUUUGUUGAUUAAAGGUGAAGUUUGAC